GGGUGAGGGCGGGCGGGACGGACGAAGGGACAGAGGGACGGAGAGAGCCCGCGAAGAGGCACCGGCCCUCUGCAGUUGCCCGCUGCCGCCCGCCCGUUCCCCCCCCCAUGGAGCUGUGCCCGGGGUCCGCAGCGCCCUCGGGCUGGGCGCUGCCUCUGCUCCUCGCCCUGGGCGCUGGGCUCAGCCACGCCACCCCGCACCUGCGGUACACCCGACCGGGCUCCCGCAGCAAGAACUGGUGCGCCUACAUAGUGAACAGGAACGUGAGCUGCUCAGUGCUGGACGGGACGGAGAGCUACGUCCAGGCCCAGUACAAGUGCGCCUGGAACCAGUUCCCCUGCCAGCCCACCCCGGUAUACCGAACAAGUUUCAGACCUCGGUACACAGUUGCAUAUAAGACAGUUACAGAGCUGGAAUGGAGAUGUUGUCCCGGGUACAAAGGGGAAGACUGCAGAGAAGGCCCAGCAGAAAAGCCAAACACUGCUCGUCGUCCUACAACACCAGCAAAAGCUGUUGUGAAGAAAGGCUUGGAUGCGGAACCAACAGAAAUACCGGAACCUCCACCAUAUGAGAAGAAAAUGCAGUUUCUUGAGGACGAAUUGUUUAGACUUACACGAUCAGUGCUUGAACUUCAGUCCUCUGUGGCAGGCGUGAAUGAAAACCUGAAGCUGACUGUCCAAGAAGAUGCUAGUAAGAUGUUGGUCACUUGGCUGAACAACCUUUAUGACCGCCCAGAGCCUGAUAGUGCGGUUGGUGGUGAAACAGACACUAUUCAUCUGCCUGGACUCCUCAGCAAUAAAGAUCAAAAAGACCCUUUUAUUGAUUUUGAAAUGGAAGAUAUAAAGGCUGAGCUAGCUGAGGUCAAAGAAGCCUUGAAGAUGAGAAAUGACAGGCUGGAGGAACUGAAUGGAAAAGUAAAAGGCUAUGAAGGACAAUUAAAACAACUGCAGGAGGCAGCACAAGGACCUACAAUAACAAUGCCCAGCAACAAUAUAUAUCAGGAGUAUAUAGACUCAAAAUUUGAGUCCCUCAGACAGGAAAUACUGGAAGGAUUUGAAAAGAAAAUGGCAGAUCUGAAGAACUCCUGUGAAUACAAACUACAGGAUAUCCAGCAGCAGUGUGAUGACAAUGAAAAUAACUGUUUAGGAAUAAUUGAUGUUAUAAGAGGAAAAGAGAAUGACUUGAGGAAAGAAAUAAAUACUCUCCGAACUCAGAUUCCAUCAAACAAGUCCAGUUGUUGCAAGGAGGGUGGGAGAAAUGACUUUGAACAACAGAUAAAAGAUUUAGAUAGGAAGAUUGACAGAGUUGCGGAAGCACACAGGAUCUUGAAUGUCAGAAUAGAUAAUGAAAUCACUCGAUUGUCAACUCCAGAUCUGGAAGACAUGUUUGGUGAGAGGUUGGAGGAGCUAGAUGCAAGGAUGAAUGUUACAGAACGAAAUGCUGAAGAACACUGCUUUUACGUUGAGGAAACCCUCCGCGGUGCUAUAGCUGCUGAGGUAGAUGAAUUGAGAGACUUGUUUGAACAAAAGCUGCGGGCACUAGAAGAUAGACUAGGUGGCACUAUUUUAGAGAUCGCUAAUACCACAGACCCAGAUGGAAUGUAUAUUAAUCCUGGACCCAUCUUGCCCAGUGACACAGGAUUUGCAAAUGAGCAAUUGACAGCAGAGAUGAAUUUCCUGAAGAGCAAACUACUGUCACUUGAACACCUCUGUGGGCAGAAAUGUCAGUCUGCACCACAAGGUAUGGAGGACCUUCAGAAAGAGCUAGAAGAUUGUAACAACAAAUACAAUCACUUGCUUUUGAAAACAGAGAACAACUCUGUUCUCCUGCAGUCUCUAAAUAGCUCUCUUAACGAGAAACUCAACUUAGUUAAGAGUAACCAACGUGACAUCCAGAAAAUGCAGAGAGAUGCACGCGUAUUCCGGUAUAGUCUAAAUGUCAUGGAUAAAGAUGUGAAGAACCUUCAAGAUGGCUUGAGUAGCUGCAAAGAGCAGCUUCUGGGUGUCAAUUCUACCUGUAGGAAAACACAACGAGGUGUCUUCCGAAAAAUUGAUCAAAUGCAGAGGACAUUUGCAAAUCAAACUGCCCAUCCCAGUGAUAAUUGCUGUGGUGAAGUGAGAGAGAGACUAGAACAAUUGAAUGACCAUAUCCUGAAUGAUCUUAGCAAGUGCAAAGAAAAGACCCAAGGUAUUCAGGAGGGUGUUUCAGAUAUUGAGAGUAGAGUCUCGCGUGUUGAAAAAGUUUGCGGCAAGCUGGACUCUGUCUCAGGCAGCUUGCAGAAGAUAAAAGAAGGUCUGAAUAAGCACAUGAGCAGCUUAUGGAACUGCAUCCGUGAAAUGAAUGAAACUAUAGCAUCUCAUUCCACUGAUAUUUCUGGCCUCAAAAAUUCUGUCCAACAGUUUUAUAGUCAGGUCUCCAAAAUGACCACAGAUAUUGAAGGCAUCCUGAAGUCUCAGUCUGACACAAGGCGAUCAGAAGUACCACGGCAGCCGUUGCCACCAAGACCACGCCUACAGCCCCAGCCUGGCAUAUCCCUGCUGCCACCAAGGCCGAGGAUACAACCCCCACGACAGAGGACCCCCCUCCAGCCACCACAGCUGAGACCUCCUCCACGCCCAGCGCUGCCAGGGUCAGGAGUUGUGCCAUUUCUGCCUGGAACAACCGGGAUCAUCUUGGAGACUGGAGAGGCAGGGCCUCCUGGCACUGUUUUAAUGUCAGGAAGAGGGCGGCUUAGAAGCGUGGAUGGUCAGGCUGGUCAAAGUACCAUGCCUGUUGCUGAAGGAUAUGCUGGAGCACCAGGAUAUCCAAAGUUAUCUCCUCCUACCACGGACUCGCAAGGACCUGCUGCUGCUGCGGCCUCUCUGGUGUCAUUUUCAGCCGGGCUCACGCAGAAGCCUUUCUCCAGUGAUGUCGGCGUGGUUCACUUUAACAAAGUGCUUGUGAAUGACGGGGACUAUUAUAACCCCAAUACAGGCAUUUUCACAUCACCAUAUGAAGGACGCUACCUGAUCACCGCUGUGCUGGCCCCGGAGAGGGACGAGUACGUAGAAGCAGUGCUGUCCGUCUCCAACGCAAGCGUGGCUCAGCUCCACACAGCUGGGUACAGAAGGGAACUGCUGGAGUACCACAAACCUUACUCGGGGAAACGGACCUGUGGUGGUCCUGGGACAUUCCACCUUGUUCUUCACCUCAAAGCGGGAGAUGAAGUAAACGUCGUCGUAACAGGAGGCAAACUGGCCUACACAGACUCUGAUGAAAUGUACUCCACGUUUAGCGGAGUUCUCCUUUAUCCUUCCAUUUCUCAUGUUUAGGUUUACCUUGAACAGGAGAGAAGGGUAAGAUAUUCAGAAGAAAUUAAGUGUAAUAAAAUUCAAAGCUUUAAUAUAUUCAGUUUAUAUAUUUGAUUUCAGUGAUGGGUUUAUAGUCUAUACUGAGACCUUUUCCUCAUCCCAUUUCCAGAGGUAGCUACAAAAGACAUUUUUCUGUAGCUAAAUUAGCUCCUUCCCAAGCCCUUGUUUACACCUGUACAAGCAGAACAACUGUUUAAACAACAAAUAUGUUCUCAAUAGAUCCUUCUCCACUGUGCUCUUGCUAUUCCCUAUUAAAUUGCCUUUGCAGUCUUCUCCCUAGUUUAUCAAAUUGUCCCUAGCGUAUCAAAUUUUACAUCUUUGCUGAAGUUUACAGUUGUGGUCAGCUAUGUUCAUGUUUUUGGUAAAGCAGGGGCAAGAAAGCAAGGUUGUAUUGGACGUGGUUGAUGACUUCUUAGCCCUUGUGUUAUUUAAUAAUACGUUGGGUCAAGUACAUUGGCGUAAACAAUUUGUUCAGUGCAAUUGCUAACCGUGGUGGUGGAAAGCAAAAUGAUACUCAUCUGCAUUGGUUUUCUUGUUUCCUUUAAGGGCCAAAACCAGUGCUAAGCGCCAAGAUGAGUGACUCAUUCCAGUCAAGUGGAAGCAGCUGUACAGGGAGAAACUCACCUCCCUUCAGCUUCUCACUGGGCAGACAUGAGCGUAAGGUGCAGUUGCUACUACUGAAAGAUUUAGAACAGUUCUUUUCAAUUGCUACAGUAAAAAAGACGAUUAGUUAAGCAUGAUGCUCUUGAAAUGAAUAAAACAGGUCAGAAAAAUCUGAAUCAUCUGUGCUUAGCUAGAAAAAUGGUAAUUUUGAAAAGUUUAAAAAAAAUUUACAAAGUUUGUUUCUGACACUGCUACAGUAUUUCUUUGUUGUGUUGUAGAAGACAAGUCAGAGGAAAAAUUGUUGAUGCAGGAAAAUAGCCUUAUUAGCCAAUACUGUCAAAUACACUAAGUCUGUUGGAACAGCCUCCUGCAUCGGUGCUUUUGAGUGAGGUUUGUUUUAACACCCAGCAUCUGUUUAUAUGGAUGAACAGAUAAACACCUGUGGGGCAGCAGUAUUUUAUUUCUCAUACUAGCCACUUCUCAGUGGAGGUAACAAAACUGAUGUUUUGGCUCUUUAGAAUUAACAUUUUGAUAUCUUUCAUGGCUGAAAAAAAAAAAAAAAUCCAGCCACGCUUUACUGAGAGCAGGACUGCUCAGCUAUCUCCUAUAUAUUCUUGUAUAAACUAAUACUCUAUUCACGCUGUAUAUUUAUCGUAGUGGUUUGUGUAGAAUAUUUUCCUCCUUACAAAUCCAGAACAGCUGUUUAUAGCCUCAGAACAAACAAUUCCUUUAGGUGAAGGAAGAACUCCCAGUGCUGUAAGCAGCACAGUAGGGUUUAGCUGAAGCCCUUCCCCUCUGAGGAGGUCAGAUGAAGACUUAAUGCCUUUGUUACUUAGUUUUGGAAUAGAUACUCCCCAAUAACUCUGUUUCCAGGCAAUGCGAUGGGGCCUUCCCACAACAGUCACAUCCUGGAAGUGGAGCUGCUUUUGAGAAAAGCCGGCAGAAAAAGCUUUCUCUCCGCAGAGGAACUCUUGAGUCAGUCCCUGUGCAGCAAGGAUUGCACUGGGGGGGGGAGUUGUGAGCACAGGAAGGAAAUUGCAGGUGGAGUUUCAAAGCACCUGGUUUAGGAAGAUCUCUUGGCACCUGAUUUUUCAGAAAUGAUGGUGUUACUGAUAAGCAGUAAGGGCUGGAUGUAUUUAGUAGCAGGAAGGCUGUUUCUGUAAGAGCAGCUGUUAGUAGCCAAAGAUGUAUAGUGAACUUGCACUUCACAGCUUGAUAAAGGGAGCCACCCCCAUCCCCUUUCCCUGCACGUUUGUCCCGGCCUGUGCUAGAGCAUGAGGCAUGAGCAUGCAGUUAGCAAGCACGUGCUUGUUCAAGGGGGACUUAGUUUCCUUUUGUCCUAAAUCAACAGUCCCGUUCUGUCCCAUGCAGUUCUAGGUCUCCUGUCUGUCCUUUCAGUUUUGAAAGAUUGUUUAUGUGUUUCAAAAGCCAAUUACAUCAGCUACUUUUUUAAAAAUAUAAUUUCUUAUUAUGUACAAAAGCCAGAGAGGCGCUUUUAGGAUAUUUUUUCACUCUCCUCAAGAAAGCUGUGUUCUCUAAGAAGUUGGCUCCAGACUAUGUGUGAUUCAAGUAUUGUUAGAUUAUUGUUGCCUGUUCUAAAAAUGACUCAUGGAAACAAACAAAAUGUGCUGAGUGCUUAGGGAGACCUAGCUGGCAAACAACCUUGCUUUUUUUUUUUCCUCCCUCCGAGCGAGACAUUUUUAAGAAUCAGCAGCGCGAGUUUAGUGCUAGAGUUACAAAAGAUUUAUCAUCCAAUUCUUAUUUAACUGCUGCGGUAGAUUUCUAAAUCCAAGCCACCAAUCUUCACCAGCCCAGUUCCGCUAAUGGGACAGGGCCAUCUUCUACCAGAAAGCUUCUCCUCGUAUCCAGGAUCUGCUGCCGCCGAUGCUUAGAUCGUUGGAGCCCUCAUAAUGCAGCCUAACUGUUGUUUGUAUCCACAUAUAAAGCAUUCCCUAAACUGUAUCACAGCAGGGCCCAGUCUCAGCAGUGUAUUUUGAGUACACUUUUGAGAGCUUUUAGGGGUCAUUUCCCAUCCAUCAGCUUGAGCAGUGCAGUGGCUAGAGCUAUGGCCUUUGACUAGGAACCUGUCUUGGAUUCCUGCCAUUAUUGAGAGAGACUUGAACCUUAAUUACCCCUUCCUUGGUAAUUGCUGUAAUCAGGGUAGGUGGCUCAGUUCCUCUUGAUGAGGUUAUUUUCCUGGAGCUUACGAGGUGGAAUAUUCACCCAGCUGGAAGGAUCACAGUGCUGUAGCCCCUGAACAGCAAAGGGAGGGGGAGGAACCUUGAGUCCCAGUCUCUGCUCCAGUGGGUGCUUGGAUAAAACAUUCAUUAAAGCGGCACUUAGAAGAGACUGAAGCACAGACACAUUCGUGGGCCCCGCUGAGGGUUUGCUCCACCCGGAACAGCUCAGCUUCAAAGGAAGGAGCAAGAGCCCUGCCCCAGAACACCUUGAACCCACUGACGGAGCAUUUACAUCUUCAGUGAGAAUUGGCAACAGCACAGGGAAAUGCAUGCACCAAAAGGAACAUUUCUCACUGUGGGUUCAUGAUUUUGCUACCAUGUUUAAGAGCAUCCACAAGCUCAAAUAGGCAGCAUGUGUUAACCAAGAAAGCCUUAAAAAAAUAAUCCUGUAGGUGGGAGCUGUAAGGCAGGUGUGGUGCCAGUUUCAUCAAUCAGUGCUGCCUUUUACAUCUGCUUUGUAGGUACCUUUGUAAUGCAGGGUAUGAGGACUGUGAGAUUCUUAGGCAAAACAGUAUCUGUUGUGCCAGGUGCUCCCAUUUUAUAUCACAGCAGGAGGAAAACCAAACCAUACCAGGUGAAGCUUUGUGGACAUGUGUCUGACAGCCCCUUGGCCAGGCACAAGGCAAAGGAGGUUUCUCAGGGACUGUCCGAGUAUCAAAACCAGCAGAGUCCCUGAAGCAGCAUCACUUGUCAGGUGACUUUCCAGAGCCAGGCCGUUAGCAGCAGAACAUCUGAAGACAAGGGGGCAUGCCGGCAGCCAGAAAGAUUCUGCUCUGGCCAAAUGUGCUAAGUGUAGCCUAGAGCAGCUAUGGGGAAAGACAACAAAGCGACAUAUAAAUCAGUUGUAUCCCCAGGAAAGCUCGGAGCAAAGCAGGAAUGCAAAUUUUCACCACAAAAUGGGUAAAAAAACUACCUCAUUAUUUUAAUUUGCUAUUAAGCAAAAGACUGUGGAGAUAGCAGAGACAUUUCUAUGCUGACCGCUCAAAGCGACGAGGAUUUUCUGUGGUAUUCCAGUGUAUGCCGGGUUACCUGCAGCAACUUUGUGCAGUUGAGCCGAGAGACUUCUGUCAGCUUGGUGAAGCCAACCAGCAAGCCAGGAAAAAUUACGAAUAGGCAAGGAAAUAGAGCAAGCUGUAAGAGAAAAAGCAUAGGAAGGCAACUUGAAACAAAAUGCCCCUCACCACCCAGUGUGGCUUUAAAAUCUGCUGGGAAUGCAAGGUGAAGGGCUGCCCAGCUGCAACCAGGAGAUUUGAAUCAGGAUUGAAGUGUUUCCUGAGGAUGCAUCGUGCAUUUAGAAGUGAGUUUUACCUGCUGAAUAAGGAAGUCCACAGUAGUGGAUAUGGAUGUAUUUCACUAAAAUUAUAAAUGCAUUUACGCAGUCUCAGCUUGGAGACAGGAGGAAUAUGCGCUCCACUGAGACGGGAUCAGCAGGUUACACUUUGGCUGCUGGUUGCUCCCAGAUAAUGGCAUAAAGUUCGAAUUGCCAUGUUACCAGGAAUACCUGGGGGCUGUGUCCUGUCAUCACAAGACAGUUGCACUCGAGCCAGCACCAACCCUCCUGCAACGUACCCUGCAGACUUGAGAUGCACAAGAGCAGCUCUGCCAAUUCUUUGUAUAUGGGAGACUUCAAAGAACAUAUUGUAACGUUACUACAUAAGCAGGUUUUGGCAUUUAUCCAUUUUGCUAUCUUGGUUGUGGAAAAAAAAGGAACAUUAUUAGAAUUUUUCAGCAACGAACAGUGCAUUUGAGAGUGUGUUUUAUGUGUGCAUGUGUAUACAUCUGUUCAUGGAUAGAAAGUAAUAUCCAGGAACAUGAAGAAAACUGUGAUGGAAAACAACUGCAGAUAUGCCUAAAUAAAACCUACCUGUUGUCUGA